AUGGCAAAUCUGAACCUAAUUCUGACUUAUGAGUUCAUGGAGCAGAUCACUGCUCAGUCAAAUUUGUAUGCUACACAGGAAAACGACCGAUUAAAUUUAACUGUUGAUGAACUCAGAGCAUUCUUAGAAAUACUUGUUAUUAUGAGAUUCAGUCCAUUACCUGGUGUUAGACUGUUUUGGAGUAAUGACAGAAAAUUUUACAACAGUAGAGCUGCACAAGUGAUGCCUGUAAAACGUUUCUUGAAAAUUAUGAGAUUUUUACACUUAAAUGACAAUUACAAAAUACCGAAAAAGGGUGAAAUUGGAUUUGAGCGAUUAUACAAGUUCAAACCUGUGUUGGAUCACCACAACAGUUGUUUCAAGAAGCUGUUCCAUACUGCCAGAUAUUUGUCAGUUGAUGAAUCUAUGGUAGGAUUCAAAGGAAGACGUUCCUUGGAACAGUAUAUGCCAAAUAAACCAAUUAAAAGAGGUUUUCAAAUCUGGAUGAUUGCAUGUGCUGGUACAGGGUACUGUCUAGGACUGUCAGUGUAUGAGGGCAAAGAAGAGGGAGACAACAGUUACAAGUUCUUAGGUGAAUUUGUUAUAGAAAAACUUGCAGCUCCUUAUGAACGUCUAGGAAACUGCUUGUUCUUUGAUAAUUGUUUUUCAAAUGUUGUAAUGAUGAAUAAUCUGCUGAGAAAAAAUCUGUUUGCUUGUGCCACAAUCAGACAAACACGAAAGUUCCUUCCUAAAGAUACAUUAGCUACUGACUAA